AUGCCUUCUACUGUUCUCAAAUGCAUUAUAUGCCCCAAGAAGCCCAAUUUCAGUGAUGUGUCCCACCUCCUGACCCACAUCAGCUCCAAGGGGCAUCUCUCCCACUCUUUCAAGCUCCAAGUGAGAAGCCACCAGGAGCCUGAAGCUGGUGAGCUGCUAGGAGCCUACGACCAAUGGUACAGGGAGCAUAACCUUGCAGGACUGCUCUCUGACCGUAUGCUCACCAAGGAAGCCAAAAGAGGCAACACUAAUUCAGCUUUUGGAAAUGUUUCCUCAUCCCGCAGAAACUUAAAGCCUAAAGAAGAUAGCUUCGCUCCCAAAUCUUCUGAACAGCCGGCCAACCCUCUCCCCGACUACCUAGAUCCUCGGAUGUCUCUUCCAUACGUUACUGUAGACAGCCACACCCGCUCCCAAGAAGUCUCUCGGCUUGGCAUUUCCACAAACGCAGUUUCCAUUAAACCCCCUCACCCACGUACACAGCUGUGGCCUACAUGCCAACUCAAAUCGUCGCUACCAUCUACGACUGAUAACGUAAAUGGGUGGAAGCCAUUAUCCGACUCCUGUGUAUCCGAAGAGACUAGCCCUCUCGUCCAACGUAAAAGAGGUCGGGCUGACCAGGUUGAUAAUACUGGCAUUUCAUCUCUUCACAGACCCGGUCGUCCAUUUACCCCUGAUCCUUUUGUGGAUAACCGCUCCCUGGAAUAUGCUGAUGAAGAUGACGAGGAAUCGCCAACCAAGAGUGAAGAAGCCACCAGACUGAAAGGAAUAUUGUGGCCUGGUAUGGAUAUUUUUGACUCAGCCACAGAGCAGAUGAGGAAGAAGCGCAACCAGAAAAAGGACGGGAGCACUUUGAAAGAGAUGGAAAAGACAUCUGAAAACGUUGAGGCAACAGAGCUCGUUUUCUCUCCAGGAGGAACAUUACGACGCGAGCGUCCAAUAUCAGGAAAUGUCGAAGAGGACAACAGUCCUCUCAAGGGUGAAACCCCCAUUCCUAAGCGUCGUGUGACACGUACGAGACGACUUCCACUUCCCCAGUCGAGCACCAACCUUUUCAAUUUAAGAGGCCAAAGGAAGAAUCAUGUUAAGGGAGAUCAUCGUCGCCACACCGAUUCUUUAGAGGAGCUAUCUAGACAGACAUUACCUCUUCUUGAAGGAUCUCCUACCAAUCUCCGCCUUCAGUUCUUUGGUAACCAUUGUGCCACGGGUGAUGAGGAUUUGAAGUUGACAUUUACCGACUAUGACCAAAAGUCACGUCGUCGCUUUGCGAUUUUCAACGACAAUAACGAUCAGAUGCACUCCACCUUUAGGGAGGCCAUGUCCCGUGAAGCAACAGCUACAGCGAAUGCGACUAAUGUUGGACACGAUGCCAAGCCCUCUCUUGGUACCUUUACAGGUCCUAAAUCGGCCUUCCAUAAGCCUGGCGUUUCGGACAACUUUCAAUUUCAUGUUUCCAAGUCCUAUACUCAUAACCGAUCCACCUCCAUGCCGGAAUUUUUUAUCGGGAAGGAGAAUAUUGAGCCAAUAAUGAACUCGGGUGGAAGGGUGGACCCCCCGGUUGAACAUGGCAGCUGGCCUGGACAGCACAGCGUCGAAGAAGGCCAGUACUCGAACCAAUACUUCUAUGGUUCAGUUGCACAACCUGAUUUUGGGGCAUUUGCCGAAAAUGAUUCAUUUGGGUUCUCAUGCAACCCUUUGUCAUAUUCUUACCGGCAUGGUCAACCUCACGAUGGGGUGAACAAUGCCACCCCUCGGUCCUGUGAUGCAUAUGUUAGGUGUGAGAAGGCUAAAGCAAACAGUGUGGUAUCUCCAGAUAGGACGGUAUCCGAAGUUGAUAGAGAGGAAUAUCACAACAUGUAUCUUGAUAGCCUGGCAAGGUAA